AUGCGACCUUCUCUGCGCCUGCUGUCGACAACAACGAAAAGUCGAUUCGGAACUUACACUUUGUUGUCCCCAGAUUCCGCUCUGACAUCCUAUCCGAGCCCUCGACACGUGCCGGGAAACAUCAAGCGGCCUGACUACGUUCCCAGAAAUUUCUUCACUGCGCCUUGGGGUCAUCACGAUCCACCGAAGGAGAGUCCAGAGGACGAAGUCGAAGGCAGGAGGAUCCGUAAGGGAAGUGAGGAGGAGUCUAGAGUCCGAGAGGCUGGCAAGCUGGCUGGGCAAGUCCUUGCGCAAGUGAAAGCACUCAUCGUAGUGGGUGGCGUGCUUGAGAUGUAUUGUACGAUGACUGACGGGCCCCAGCCUGGCCGAACAACAGACGAGAUUGAUCAAGCGGUACAUGGAAUGAUCGUCGCUGCCGGCGCAUACCCAUCAACAUUGGGCUACACAAGCUACCCGAGAAGCUGCACAGUCGCCGUGAACAAUGUCCUGGCACGUGAGUGUCCAGACCUUGUGCGACCACUUGAAUCGCACGACCUCAUCAAUGUGGACUUGACGGUCUUUCUCAAUGGCCAUCAUGGUGACACAUCAGCUACAUUCGCUUUGCGGAGAGUCGAUGACCAGGGUUUGGAAUUAAUAGAAAGCACGAAGGAGGCGUUGGAACAAGCUAUCCGGGUCUGCGGACCAGGCGUACCGUUGAACGAGAUUGGAAGAGUCGUCGAGGAACUCGCUGAGAAGCGUGGAUUAUGCGUCAAUCGACAAUUUGCAGGACACGGUAUCGGCAGAAGAUUCCAUCAACCGCCUUACAUCUUGCAUCAUCGCAAUGACGAUGACACGCUCAUGCGGAUCGGCGAUUGUUUCACCAUUGAGCCUAUCUUGGUUCAAGGGCCAAAUUCCAGAGGUUUCAUCUGGGACGAUGGGUUUACCAUGUCCUCUGAGAGCGGGGCCAGAAGUGCACAGUUCGAGCAUCAAAUCUUGAUCACAGACGACGGCUGUGAUGUUUUGACACGCUCGAUCACCGACUGA